AUGCGCGGAGCUGGAACCCACGCCGCCAUCCAGAAGGACUUCCAGUUCAAGCUGCCUCCGCGCAAGCAGCCUGUCUCACAACGCCAGACGAGUCCUUCCCGCGUCGACGACCAGCCAGCGGCGGUUCCAAGCCGUAUCACGCCCCCCGCCACCACCACCACCUCGACGCGCAGGAGCCCUCGCAAGUCGGUAGCACCAUCACGCCCCUCUGCCCGACCCAGCAUCGGCGCAACGCGAGAAGACGAUACCCUAGCAUCGCUCGCAUCCUCGCCUUCCGACGACUCGAUCGCCUCGCGACGCUCGCAGCGCCAUCCCAUCAGCAGCACUCCCGCCGCAUCCCGCCGCGUCUCUACCGCAUCCCAACCGGGCCAGGUCCGCGGCCGCCAGAGCAAGGGCAAGCAGCGCGACGACAUCCUCGAGGAAAUCGGCUCGCAGGCCUCCUCUGACGAAGAAGACGAUGCAGAGCGAGACGAGAGCCUGCUUGCGCCCGAUGCCUCCUUCCCGCUGGAAACCCAGGCGGGAGCCUCGGGCAUCGUGCCGGACCUGUCGCUGCCCGUCAUCCCCUCGUCGCCGCCGCUGCCGAGCUCGUCGAGGCUAGAUGCAUCCGUACAUCGGCACACCGACACCAGCCGCGGCGCGGCGCUCGACGAUACGCUGGUUCAGCUCGACGCCGAUGAGAGCGUCGUGCCGCAGGUUGAGAGCUUCGCCGCCGACUCGCCCGCGGCCAAGGCGGCGCAGCGGGGUGCCGACACGCGCAAGAGGAGGCGGCAACCCAGCCCCGGUGCCGAGACUGGGCCGGGCCGCCCAGGCCCCGCCAGCAAGAAGGCCAAGGCUGCGUCAUCGGCCACGGCGGCUCAGAAGGCGGCAAAGGCAAAGGGCAAGGGCAAUGCUCCCGCCGCCGCCGCGCAGAGGCAGCGGGUCCUGUUCCAAGAGCCGACCGAGGCCGAGCUGUCCGACGACCUCGACGCGGAUGCCACGCUGCGCGAGGGCGAGGCACGACGACGUGCGGGACGGCCGCCGGGCGCCACGGGAGCAAUGUCCAAGCCGCAGCGCAAGCAAUUCCAGCAACGGCUGCGGCGCGCCCUGUCGCUCGUGCUGCCCAACUCGUCGACGCUGCUGCUGGGUGACGCGGGCGGCGCGGCCGACGUGUCUGGCGAGGCGGAUCGGCGCGGGCGCAAGUCGCGCAAGCUGCUCAACGACAUCGACGUCAUCUGGGCCACGCUCGACGAGGAGCUCAAGUCGACGAUCGCGUCGCAGCCGUCCAAGUCGGUCGUGUCGGCGCUCAAGGCGCUGCGGAGGUCGGUCAAGGCGCGGUGUGCGGGCCUGUCGGAGAAGACGGACCACCGUACCCAGCUCGUCUUGGAUCUGACGAGGGCGAGGAAGAGGAAGAAGGAGGUGCGGCGGCUCGUCCUCGAGACUAGGAGGGAGGUUCAUCGGUCGGUGCUCGAGGAGGGCGAGAGGAGGGACGAGGUCAGAGUGUGGCAGAAUGAGAAGCAGGACGUGGACAAAAUCACCUCGUUCCUCGACGACAUCCGAACGGCCGCAAGGACGUGGACAUGA